GCGCACAUAGAACGAAAUUUCAGACAUUAAAGCACCACUGAAGAAGAGAAUUGUUCCUCGUUUCCGAAUAUACUGUUCCAGGAUCAGUGCGACACAGCUAAAAAGCGAGCAGUAGCCGGGAACGACAACAGUUAAAAACGGAGAGAGGCUUUUAAGUCAAAGUCCUAACUCUUAAGGGGAGAAAAUGUCAAGAUGUCUUCAGAGGAAUAGAGAAUAAAAGCUGACCAGCAGCAUCACUGACCAGGAAGACGGAGGGAUGGAGGGUGACCCCAGCAAGGAGAGCGAUGGCCUGCACGAGGUGCAGAUGGUGGAGGUGGCCCUGGAGGCGCCGCUGGUCGAGAUCGUGGAAGUUCUGCAUAAAGCCCAGAGUGAGGGACUGGGCCAGGCGACAGUGCUGGCCCUGGGCCAGGCGACAGUCGAAGGGCUGGGCCAAGCGCUCGUCGCUGGGGUGAGCCAGGCACAGGUGGAGGCGGUGUCCAACGGGCAGGCUGUGGAGCAGACUGUGGUGAGCGCCGACGGGACUGGCCCCCUCCUGAAGAUGCCCUUUGCUCAGGUGGCGUCGCUUCUGGACCCCAACAUGAAGAGCUCCAAGGCGCUAAAGUACCAGAUCCACUACGAGGAGGUGAAGAGGCGGCUGGAGGCGCCCGAGAAGAUGUCGCUGCGCUCGCUGGCGGCCUACACGCGCGUCAGCCGCGGGCCGGCCAGCAGGAAGGCGCUGCUGGAGGCGCUCAGCUCGUUCGGGCUGUCGCCCAGCACCACCACUGCCGUGUCCAGCUCCUUCUCCAAACUGACGGAAGGUGACACGGCUGCCCUUUGCAAGGAUGUGAAGGAGUUUGCUUCCCAAUACAUGGAUUAUGACAAUGUGGCAAAGCAGCUACUUCCCGAGACCAAUCAGGUGCAACACUGGUCCAAAAUCAUCGAGACAAGGAACUAUCUCGAGGAAAUGAGGAAGUCAUUCCAUGACCCGGUGAACAGCAGGACGUUUAACAACGCGACUCACGGCUUUGGGGCCGGCAUGAUUGACGUGGCCUUUGAGAUGAUUGACCGUGUCAUCGACAAGCAGAUCCGGAUCCUCUCGGGGGAGGUGGAUCCUAAGGAGAACCAGGGUGGGGACACCAGGGUGAGGAAGCGAAGAGCCAGGACCAAGAGCGACGUCAAGGCCAAGACCAGAUGUGCCAAGGUCAAGAAGGAGGAGAGUCAGGGGGACAAAAAGACGAAAGCCAAGACAGGGAACCGGAAGCGGUCCAAAGAGCCGGAGGCGGUUCCCGAGGCUCAGCCGGAGAUCGAGAGCAGUGUUUUAACUCUGGUCUCUGUAGGUUACGAGACCAUCUCCAGUGGUCUGGAACCUGGAACGGCUGGUGUGGCCUAGCGAGUGUGCCCUAACCAGUGUGCACUAGCAAGUGCGCUCUAGCAAGUGUGCCCUAACCAGUGUGCACUAGCAAGUGCGCCCUAGCGAGUGUGCCCUAACCAGUGUGCACUAGCAAGUGCGCCCUAGCGAGUGUGCACUAACAAGUGUGCCCUAGCGAGUGUGCCCUAACCAGUGUGCACUAGCAAGUGCGCCCUAGCGAGUGAGCCCUAACCAGUGCACCCUGGACCACGAACUCCUUGUCCUUCCUGGUGGCACGGACACUUUUUAAAAAAAAUGUUUUUCGUUUUAUUUUUCAGCCGUUUUUCAGAAGAUAAAUGACAAGUGGUUUCUAGCCAAGCUGUUUGGAUUCAGAUACUUGCCUUUUUGUAAUGUCAUGUUUGUUCUUUUAAUGGCUGGUUUUGCUGGAGCUUGGAGACUGCUGUGUUAUUUUUUUACUCCCCAAAAUGAUGCGCUGUGGUUUCUGUCAGUGAUGUGACCAGGUCCGUGUCCUAUUAGCAACACUCAGGUGGUGGUGUUGCCUUAGUGGCUGGCAUCUUCAUGCAUUAAAACAUGCAUCUGUGAUGCCGGCUUAUUCUGAAUCCUCACACUCAAUGUCUCUAGUUUAAACCCUUCAUCUCGCAAAAUAUCUUCAGGUAUCUAAUGUUAUAGUCAGCAGGAAACACCCACGAGACUGAUGAUGAUUAAACUGGCUCUAACUGGGUUACAGCUAAAUAUGUUUCUGACCAUGGAUGUAAUGUUUCUUAAAAAAAAUCUAAUGCUGAUUGUAAAUUAUAUUUCUGGUUGUGAAAAAACCUGCCCGGUCCUGUGUGGUUCUGCGUAACCUCUUAAUCUAGUGUUUAACUCACAUGAGUGCAGGGCCAGUUAGUUAGGUUAAGGACCAUGUGAUUUUUAAGCAGGGAUAUUUCAGAACAUUAAAAACAUUGUUGACUCAGCUGUCUUAUCACAGACUUGAGAGGCCAGCAGAAUGAUUCGUAAAUUAACCAGUGAUGCGAGGUGGGGUUAGAGAAUAAUGCACUGAAAUGUUGCUUUUCCUCAAUGCUGUAAUCUGGGAGGAUAUUUCAGAAGGUUGUCUAUGAGAAACUGUGCUGAAUAAAGCUGUUUUAAGACGUACA